AGGAUCACAGCAGGGGUAAAAGGAAGAGACGCCAAGCGAUUUUUUUUUUGGCCGACUCUGGAUUCGUCCCUGGCGUGCGCAGGAAUGGCGGCCCUGCCCGGCGCGGUACCCAGGAUGAUGCGGCCGGCUCCGGGGCAGAACUACCCGCGCACCGGAUUCCCUCUGGAAGUGUCCACCCCACUUGGCCAAGGCCGAGUCAAUCAGCUUGGCGGGGUCUUCAUCAAUGGGCGACCUCUGCCGAACCACAUUCGCCACAAGAUAGUAGAGAUGGCCCACCAUGGCAUCCGGCCCUGCGUCAUCUCCCGUCAGCUUCGUGUCUCUCACGGUUGUGUCUCCAAGAUUCUGUGCCGUUACCAGGAGACCGGGUCCAUCCGACCUGGGGCCAUCGGUGGCAGCAAACCCAGACAGGUGGCGACUCCAGAUGUGGAAAAAAAGAUUGAAGAGUACAAGAGGGAAAACCCUGGGAUGUUCAGCUGGGAGAUCCGAGAUCGACUCCUGAAGGAUGGCCACUGUGACCGGAGCACAGUGCCCUCAGGUUUAGUGAGUUCGAUUAGCCGAGUCCUGAGAAUCAAGUUCGGGAAGAAAGAGGACGAUGAGGAAGGGGACAAGAAAGAAGACGAUGGCGAGAAGAAAGCCAAACACAGCAUCGAUGGCAUCCUGGGGGACAAAGGGAACAGGCUGGAUGAGGGCUCAGACGUGGAAUCGGAACCUGACCUCCCGCUGAAACGCAAGCAGCGCCGCAGUCGUACCACGUUCACAGCCGAGCAGCUGGAGGAGCUGGAGAAAGCCUUCGAGAGGACCCACUACCCGGACAUCUACACCCGAGAGGAGCUGGCACAGAGGACCAAGCUCACAGAGGCCCGCGUCCAGGUCUGGUUCAGUAACCGCCGUGCCCGCUGGCGCAAGCAGGCAGGAGCCAACCAGCUGGCUGCUUUCAACCACCUUCUACCUGGAGGCUUCCCCCCCACUGGCAUGCCCACACUGCCACCCUACCAGCUGCCGGACUCCACCUAUCCCACUACCACUAUCUCCCAAGAUGGGGGCAGCACGGUACAUCGGCCCCAGCCCCUACCUCCAUCAACCAUGCACCAAGGUGGUUUGGCUGCAGCCGCUGCAGCUGCCGACACCAGUUCUGCUUAUGGGGCCCGUCACGGCUUCUCCAGCUACUCUGACACCUUCAUGAACCCUGGGGCCCCCUCCAACCACAUGAACCCCGUCAGCAACGGUCUGUCUCCUCAGGUGAUGAGCAUCCUCAGCAACCCGAGCGCGGUGCCCCCGCAGCCCCAGGCCGACUUCUCCAUCUCCCCGCUGCACGGUGGCCUGGACUCAGCCUCAUCCAUCUCAGCCAGCUGCAGCCAGCGUGCUGACUCCAUCAAGCCAGGAGACAGCUUGCCCACCUCCCAGUCCUACUGCCCACCCACCUACAGCACCACCGGCUACAGCGUGGACCCUGUGGCUGGCUACCAAUAUGGCCAGUACAGCCAGACUGCUGUUGAUUACCUGGCCAAAAACGUGAGCCUGUCCACACAGCGCCGCAUGAAGCUUGGGGAGCACUCCGCCGUGCUGGGACUCCUGCCUGUGGAAACGGGCCAGGCUUACUAGGGCCCGAGGGACGACUUUUCCUAGCCCAUACCCCAUCCCAGCCCUUUCUGACCCCUGAGCCUCCCCACCUCAGUUCCUUCAUCCCCCUGGGGUCGCAGGAGGCCAAGAAAGGAG